GCCGAGAGGCGUGGCCGGCCCCGGCGGACCUUGGAGGCGGCCAUGGCCUCGGUGGUGGAGUACAAGGGCCUCAAGGCCGGCUACCACUGCGGCUACUGCGAUUCCGAGGAGGGCAAGGUGUCCUGCGGCAUGUGGGCACAUUCGAUGACGGUACAGGAUUAUCAGGAUCUCAUAGACCGAGGAUGGCGAAGAAGCGGAAAAUAUGUGUACAAGCCUGUCAUGAAUCAAACCUGUUGUCCUCAGUACACGAUAAGGUGCCGACCUUUACAGUUUCAGCCAUCAAAAUCUCACAAGAAGGUUUUGAAAAAAAUGUUGAAAUUUCUGGUCAAAGGGGAAAUUUCCAGAGGAAAUUAUGAGGACGAGCCCAUGGAGCCCACCAUGGAGGAUGCCGUUGCUGGCGACUUUGGAUUAAUAAAUAAAUUGGACAUACAGUGUGACCUUAAAACGUUCGGUGAUGACCUCACGGAGCGCUUCGAGAGUGAAGAAAAGCAGAAAGGAAGAAGCCCAAAGACAGAAGCAGCUAGUGAAUUGAUUCAGUCACAAGCUAUGGAGGAGAAGCUGGGCUCCGGUGAGCCUUCGCGCCCAGUGAGAGCGCCCCCGGCUCCGAAGCCAGGCAAAGGAGCAGAUUUGAGUAAGCCUCCCUGUCGAAAAGCAAAGGAAAUCCGGAAAGAAAGGAAAAGGUUAAAACUCAUGCAGCAGAACCCAGCUGGACAACUUGAGGGUCUCCAGGCUCAGGGUGAGCCACCAUCUUUGUUCCCACCAAAGGCUAAUAAAUCCAACCAGCCCAAAUCACUUGAAGAUUUAAUUUUUGAAUCUUUACCAGAGAAUGCUUCACACAAGUUGGAGGUGAGGGUGGUGAGAUCAUCUCCACCAAGUUCUCAGUUCAAAGCCACAUUUCAGGAGUCUUACCAGGUCUAUAAACGUUACCAGAUGGUUAUUCACAAGGACCCACCUGAUAAACCAACUGUGAGCCAGGUGAGGUUAGUACCUGUCUCCUUUGAGGACCCAGAGUUCAAGUCGUCCUUCAGCCAGUCAUUUUCUCUGUAUGUCAAGUAUCAAAUGGCCGUACACCAGGACCCGCCCGAUGAGUGUGGGAAGACUGAGUUCACCAGAUUCCUGUGCAGCUCACCUUUGGAGGCAGAGAAUCCCCCGAACGGACCAGACUGUGGUUACGGCUCCUUUCACCAGCAGUACUGGCUCGACGGCAGGAUCGUCGCCGUGGGGGUGAUCGACAUCCUCCCGUCCUGUGUGUCGUCUGUGUAUUUGUACUACGAUCCUGACUACUCAUUCCUGUCUCUGGGUGUCUACUCUGCACUACGGGGCAGUACAGACCUUCUGAUUUGCUGUGUCCUGAGACGUACGUUUGGGUGCCCAUCGAGCAGUGCCUGCCUUCCCUCGACAACUCGAAGUACUGCCGUUUCAACCCGGACCCGGAAGCAGUGGACGAAGGCCGCAGCAAGGACCCCGACCGCUUGCAGGUCCUCUACAAGAAAGCCAUCCUGCCCUACGGCGCCUACAAGAAGCAUCAGAGGGACCCGGCCGAGGAGGCCGUGGUGCUGCAGUACGGGCGGCUCGUGGGGCAGCGGUGCUCCGAGCGGAUGCUGCUCUUCCGGAACUGAGCCCCGGCCCCGCCUCCUGCCCGCGACGCCCCUCCCUCCGGGGACGCCCCGGACCUGCCCCCGGAUGAGACGGUUUUAUUUUGGCAAUUGAAUUUGGCUUUUCUAAAAUAUUUUGUGGUGAUGUAUUUGUGAGAACCUCAUGGUUAAUACAAAGGUUUUAAAAACAUGCCAUGAACCUAGGCUCGUAAAUUAUUGGGGUUUAUCAUUUUUGGAAGUUUGUUUUAUGAACAAGAUACAGUACCAACUUCUGACGUUACUCUUUUGGAAAGUAAACCGAAUAAGUGGAUCUCAAGUAAUUUAAAUCAUUGUUGGUUUUUUUUUGGGGGGGGGGGCGGGUCGAAGAAAUUACAACAGACGCUUCUCAGAUCCGCUAAACACAGUUUCUGCUACAAAAUUGUAACGUUUGGCGAGGAGGGUUGGGAGUCUGCCUCGUUGCUUAGGAAACGGCUUCUCAGGAGAACGAGACUGUCGUGAUCAGUGUUCAGUAUCGAGUCCCGGCCGAAUGUUAUGUAGUUAAUAGAAAACAAACAAAAAUAGACUACAAACAUUGGAGAAGGGUUGUGUGAACAUGAGAGGGUCAUUUACCCAGGACGCCCCCGUCAUGUCUGUUGUCUUGACGUGAUCAUUCUUUCCUAGAACAAUCAUCACCCUCAAAUAACUGUACUCUCAAAAGUAUCCCAGUUUGGACAGCAAAAUAUCUGAUUACCCUAGUUGUGUGUCUGAUUUGCUCUAUUUCUAGAAAUCGAAGAAAUGAAGUUUUCUAUGUUUCUGUUUAGGUUUGUUUAAAUAUCGUGCUCCUGCCUUGACCUGAGACCCAUCAGAAGUAAAUAUACACUAAAUUUUUCAUUCCUUAGAACUUAGGACCCUUGUCUUUGGUUGCUGAUUAGAAAUUAGCUUGUACCUGACCACUCGUGUGCUCAGCACGGUAAUGAAGGAAUAUCGUGACCUUGUUCGGGGGCAAGAGGCGAGCAGUCCGUUCCUCGCCCUCUGAUUGGAGAGUCACAGGCAGGCGCCGCACGCAGGAAUCGGGGGCAGAGGCCAGCUGCUGUCUCCCUCUCCCUCGUCAGCCAGUGCCCCUCGGCCACCACCGUCAAGGUGACAGGCACUGAGCUGGGAGGGAAGAGGAGACUCGCACGUCUCAGUUCCUAGUGAGGACUGAGUUGCGUCGGAGACCGUGAGCGACGGAGGACGUGGGUUCCCUGGUCUCCUUCCCAGCUCUCCCCGCGCUCUGCUGCCGGCUGCGCGGCCGCUGGCGUCAUUUCAUCCCCCAUUUUGCCUCUUGGCUCGUGAUCUUUUAAAAAGAAAACAUAUUAUAGAAGUUAGUACUUGGAAACCCACUACUGAUUUUAAACUUUUCUCCUCCAUGCACUGAUUUUAGAUAAAAUAUUUGUUAGCUAAAGAAAAGAUGCUAAAACAAUGAUUUUAAAACAUGUCUAGAAAUUCAACAUCUAAAUAAACUGUGUAUUUAUUCAUUCAGA